AUGGAACUCGCCGGGUGUGCAAACGACCAACCGUGUGGGGCUCAGGAGUGGGAGAAAUUACAUCAGGUCUUGGCUCCCGAGUAUCGCUUGAAAAUAUUUCAAUUUAAGACAAACUCACGGCGAUUACGAUUAGACCCCAUCUACAAAGGACAAGGGAACGGAAAAUGUUUGAACAUCCUGCUCGAUAACGAGCAUUACGAUACCAUAACAUCGAUGUCGGGAGUGACGGAGAAUCCAUAUUAUUGUGAUUACUGUGAUGUUGGAUAUAGCCACAUCGAAGACCACCGUACCGUCUGUCCUCACCGCUGUUCGUUUUGUUUGGCCGACACCCCCUGUUCCCCGGACGGCACCCACACGGAAUGUUCUCAUUGUAAGGGAUUUUUUAGAAAUGCUGCGUGUUACCAGACCCACUUGAAACCUUUCACUAACAAUACCGCGACAACCGUGUGUAGUUUAAUGGGGCGUUGCGACCAGUGCCAGAAAUGGAUGUCUAAGCAAUUAUUAAAGGGACAAGCGUGCGGCGGAAAAACACAAUGUCACAUCUGCAAGAAACUCGUCACCACCCCACAUUACAGCUUCGUUCAAAAGAAACCCAAGCCCAAACGUAACAAGGAAUUGAAAAUGUAUAUUUAUUUCGAUUUUGAAUGUACACCGGAAAACGGAAUUCACACCCCUAAUCUCUGUGUGGCCGAACGCGUGUGUCAACAUUGCGACAGUUUAGACAUCGACACGCGCUGUGAACACUGUCAUGCGUUUGGAUCGCAACGCCGCUUCGUAUGUCAAGGCCCCGACACCUUAAAACAGUUUAUGGACUGGUUGUUACAAUCCGAGACGGACGAGAAGGGUAAUGUGACCUUCAAGCAUGAUGAAACGACCGCCAUUGCGCACAAUUUCAAGGGAUACGAUGGGCAGUUCAUCUUGAACUAUCUAGUGCACACGGCCUGUAUCAAACCUGCAGUCAUUCUUAACGGCAGUAAAAUCUUGUGCAUGGGAGUGUUCGGCUUGAGAUUCAUCGAUUCGUACAAUUUCCUCCCCUUUGCCCUCGCCAAGAUGCCCUCAGCGUUUGGAUUAACAGAACUGAAAAAAGGUUAUUUCCCCCACUUUUUCAACACGGAACAGAACCAGAAUUACGUGGGGCCUUAUCCAGAUGCCCACUACUACAAUCCUGACGACAUGUCGAUAGCCAAUCGUGCAGCCUUCUACACCUGGUACAAUCAACAGGCCGGGAAAGUAUUCGAUUUCCAGAAGGAAUUCAUGGCUUACUGUAUCUCGGAUGUGGAUAUUUUACGCCGUUGUUGUGCGCAAUUUAAGACGACACUCUACGGACUCGUCCGCGUCGACCCGUUUCAGGAAUCAAUAACUUUUGCCAGCACGGCUAAUUUAGCUUAUCGACGAGGAUUCAUGGCACAGGACACCAUUGCCAUCAUCCCCAAUAUGGGUUACCAACCGUCGCGCCACUACUCGGCCAAGGCCUGUCGCUGGCUCACCUCCCUGGACCGCAACAUACGUCAUGCUAAGAACGGGGGCGAAAUCACCAUAGGACCCUAUACGGUGGACGGUUACGAGGAGGAAUCCCGCACCGUGUACGAAUUUUACGGCUGCUACUGGCACGGGUGCCCCACCUGUUAUCCGAAUCUGUUGACGGAAACCCACCCCCACCGAGUCCAGCAGACGUAUCAAACACUGUACGAGGAGACCUUGAAACGAGCCUCCGCCUUAGAGCAACAAGGAUAUACGAUAGUGAGCAUCUGGGAACAUGUGUUUGAUCGUCAAGUCAAAAACAGUCCGGAGUUACAAACAUUCCUACGAGACCUCGAUAUUCAGGACUCCUUAAAUCCCCGCGAUGCCUUAUACGGAGGUCGUACCAAUGCCACCCGCCUGUAUUGCGAGGAGGGUGACAUGCGAUACGUCGAUGUGUGUUCCCUGUAUCCUUACGUGUUGAAAUACAGAGCGUUUCCCAUCGACCAUCCUCAAGUCAUCACCAGCGAUUUCGCCGAUGACCCGACGACCGAUUCAGAACGCAGUCUGACCGGAACCUGGGUGACCAUAGAAGUACACAAAGCUCUCGAUCUCGGGUAUCGGGUCGAGCGCAUCCACGAAGUCUGGCAUUUUGAAAAGACCAGCCAGGAUUUGUUUCGAUCUUACAUCGACACUUUCUUGAAGAUCAAACAAGAAGCUUCCGGAUUUCCCGAUGAAUGUCAGACGCCCGAACAGAAACAAGAAUACAUCAGUGAGAUCCGGCGCCGGGAAGGCAUCUUCAUGAACCUAAUAGACAUUGAGACAAAACCCGUCCGUAGAACCAUUGCCAAACUCUUUUUAAAUUGUCUCUGGGGAAAAUUUGCACAACGAUUACAGCUACCACAAACACAGUAUUUAACCGAGGAAGAAGAAUUACAGAAAAAAUUACAAGAUGCCACUCUAGAAAUCAAAGGAGUCGAGCUGUUGGAAAAUCGAGAUCACCCCGAAGCCGACAUGAUGUUGAUCAAUUACCAGGAAAAAGAAGAAUUUUUAGAAGACUGUCCUUUUGGCAACGUGGUGUUAGCGUGUUUUACCACCGCACACGCUCGUUUACAUCUCUACGAGACUCUAGAGCCUUUGGGGGAUCGCGUCCUCUACUUCGAUACCGACAGCAUUAUUUACCAACACGAUGAGAGUCGGUUCAACCCCACCAUCAUCAACAGUUUAGGCGGGUGGACCGAUGAAUUGAGUGGUGACCGCAUCGUCAAAUACAUGUCGGGAGGACCAAAAAAUUACGCGUACGAGACCCAGGGCGGAAAAUCAAUGUGUAAAGUCAAAGGACUGACGCUCAAUUAUCGAGCUUCCAGGAUCGUUUCCCUCACCACCUUUGAAAAAAUGUUGAAAGGGGAGGAAGAAGAAGUUACCCCCACUUUAUUCAAAGAACACGACAUCACGAUGUUCGCACCAUUCCCUUUGUAA